AUGGCAGACGACAUGAGUGAUAUAAUUCCUUGCGAAAUUGCAAGAAAAAUUGCAGUUGAGCAUCUUGAUAAUCUAGACGACGUAGAAAGUUUGUCACUUGUUUGUUCUUCUUGGAGAUCUGAAACUAGCGACAUUAAUUAUACCAACUUCUUCCCCUCCAAAAACACCCAACUUCCAUGGUUAAUGCUGGCUGAUUCACCCUCUAGUUUAUUCCGACGAUUUUACAACCUCUCUAAACGCAUGUUUCUUAAGAUUGAUAUACCACCAUUCGAGCACGACCUCAACCACAACCUCAACCACAACCACGACCACGACCACCGCAGGUUUUUCUCUUCAAAAGGAUGGGUUAUUACUGUCACCAGGAAACAAGCUCUUAUUAGCUUUUUUGAUCCUUUCACUACUACUCUCAUCAAACCACCUAGUAUCCCAAUACUUUGCUUUCAACGCGGUCAAUCGUGGAAUAACCGUUCUUAUUUACAUAGUUUUUCCAAAUUCAUAUUCUCAGAUAAUGCAAGAUCAUCUUCUUCCUCCUCAUCCUCUGAUUUCCAGGUUGCUGUGAUUUACGAUAUAUAUGAACAUAUCGCUUUUUGGAGAUCAGGUCAACAACAAUGGAUGAAACCUACUUUUGAAGUUAAUAAUAUUGAGGAUGUCUGUUUUUUUAAGGGAGAGUUUUACUCCAUUGAUUAUCGUUCAGAAGUUAUAGCCUAUGGAAGUGAGUUACCAACGAGUCUACCACGAACUAUUGCAUAUUUAGACUCAGUAGGUAUUGAAAGUUGCUCUUGCGUUAUCCUCAAAACAUGGUUUUACAUAGUACCUUUCAACCAAAAUGAAAGCACAUUGUUGAUAGUACAAAGGAAGAUGUGUAAUAAGCCCAACAAAGACGACAUGUCUAAUAUUAAUACCAAUAAUAAUAAUCCCAAACGAUGGUGGGUGGAAUCCAUCAGCUUAAUUGAGCUCAAUGUUGACAAUGGCGAAACCAAACUUAUCGACAAUAUAGGAAAUCGGGCAUUAUUUGUUGGUUUAAACUCAACUUUCUUUGUAGAGGUUGAAGAUGAGGCAUUCUCAGGAAAGGAUAAACGUUGUUGUAGAGCUAAUUCAAUUUAUUUUACUGAUGGAAAAUUUGGGGGGAAUCACAGGCGUGCUGGGGAAACAGAUUUGCGUAUAUUUUGCUUGAAAGAAGGUAAAAUGGUUGAACCAUAUUAUGAAGGUCCUUCUCGAUACAACUGUGUCAAUCCACCUGUAUGGGUGGAGCUUCCUCAUCAGUAA